AUGGAGGUGGGAGACGCGGAGCCUGAGCUGGGCGCUGCCGACAGUUGGAUCGGCGUCGUGCCUGUCGGGGAGGAGCCGGCCGAGGUCCCCCGGGGUGCCAAGGAGGAGUCCUUCACUGCCGCCGUCGUCAGCAAGAUGAAGCGAGCCCUGGUGCUGGGGGCAUCAGCCCUGCUCAUCCUGGCACUGAACCAGAACGCCAUCCGGGAGCUGGACGUUUCCCAGCUUCUUGCCAAGCCUGUGAUCGUGAUCCAGUCCUCGGACAACGUCACCAAGCUGCUGGGAGCGCUGCUGCGGGGUCUCCGGGCUACAGCGAAGAUCACGUACCAGGCAGUGCUGCUGGAGAACCUGGGAGUGACCCUCACCCUGUGGUCGACCUGCGGCCUCUCCCGAGGGGGCCUCUAUGGGGAGUGGCAGGGGGUCAUCUGCACGGGGGAGAACAGCUCGCAGGUCCAGAAGUAUCUCCAGCAGCUGUGGAACACCAUCCUGCUGAUCGCUCUGCUCCUCUGCACCGGGGUGAUCGUGCAGGCCCAGCGGCAGUCACGGCAAGACCCGUCAGAGCAGGAUGCCGAGCUGGACCUGAAGCAGCACAUUCGGCGGCGGCUGUCAGCACUGAAAACACGGCGGUACCAUCCCGGCAAACCACUCCGGAGCUGGGCCUGCGAGAUCGAUAGCUGUGCCGUCUGCUUGGACCAGUUCCACAAGAGCCAGUGGCUGCGGGUGCUGCCCUGCUCCCACGAAUUUCACCGGGACUGCGUGGACCCCUGGCUUCUCCUCCAGCAGACCUGCCCUCUCUGCAAGCGCAACAUCCUGGGGAACUGCUGCACGGAGAGCUAGCUGGCCUGACGGACGCGCUCCAGGGACAGACCCACUGCCGCUCUGGGGAGAGGGAGGGGGGCAAGGGGUGCUGGGCAAGCAGCGCUCGCUGCCGGAGCGGAUUUGGCGCGGCUGUGCCCGUCGCAGCGCCCGGCCAUUUGGAGACUGAAGGAUCUCGGGGCUCUCCCUGCUGGGUGUGAGUAGAGG